AUGGCGUCCAUGGCGAUCGGCGUCAGCUUAUCGAUGACUAGAGGCACAGGAAGCGGAGGAGUAGACGGUGAUGAUCGAGUAGCGAUGGCCGCACCGACGACAUUGAAGCUGAAUCAGAAGAACUCACGGAGCGAGAGUACAUCCAGGUUUUUGGGGACGAAAAAGCAUCGGAGCUCCGGAGAAAUACGAACCACCGUCUCGAAUUGGGUCGAGGAGAAGACGAGUAGGAAUCUGAGAGUUGGACUCAUUUGCGGAGGUCCAUCGGCGGAGCGUGGGAUUUCUCUCAACUCUGCUAGAUCAGUUCUCGAUCAUAUUCAGGGUAAUGGUUUAAGCGUGAGCUGCUAUUAUAUAGAUCCUGAUCUCAAAGCUUUUGCGAUUUCCUCUGCUCAGCUCUACUCGAAUACUCCGGCAGAUUUUGAUUUCAAGCUCGAGAGUCUUGCGCAGGGAUUCUCUUCAUUAUCAGAACUGGCCGAGCAUCUUUUUUCCGCUGUGGACAUUGUUUUCCCGGUUAUUCAUGGUCGAUUUGGUGAAGAUGGGGGCAUUCAGGAGCUGUUGGAGAGUCAUAACAUUCCAUUUGUGGGGACUGGAUCCCGUGAAUGCCGCCGAGCAUUUGACAAGUAUGAAGCCUCUUUGGAGCUAAAGGCACAUGGGUUCAUGGCAGUACCAAACUACUUGGUGCAGGGAACUGUAGUAGACGAAAGUGAAAUACAACAAUGGUUUACAGCUAACCAUCUGGACCUCAAGGUGGGAAGAGUCGUGGUUAAACCAGCUAGAGCAGGAUCAAGCAUUGGUGUCAAGGUUGCUUUUGGCGUAAAUGAUUCAAUUAAGAAGGCUACUGAACUUAUUCUAGAGGGAAUUGACGAUAGGGUUGUUGUUGAGGUGUUUAUUGAAAAUGCAUAUGAGUUCACUGCCAUCGUCUUGGAUGUAGGUUCUGGUUCUGAUUGUCAUCCUGUUGUGCUGCUGCCCUCUGAGGUGCAACUUCAGUUCCAUGACACUGUUGAACCAAAGGAAGAUGCAAUCUUUGACUACCGGAGGAAGUAUCUGCCGACACAACAGGUCACCUAUUACACCCCUCCUCGUUUCCCUAUCCAUGUUAUCAAAAGUAUCCGUGAAGAGGCAUCUCUUCUAUUUCAAAAGCUAAGUCUUCGUGAUUUUGCUCGCAUUGAUGGAUGGUAUUUGGCUCCCACUUCAAAUUUAUCAUCAUCCGCAAGUGAAACGCUUGGAGGACUCAUGUCAAGGGAUAUUAUAUUCACAGACAUCAACUUGAUAAGUGGCAUGGAACAAAAUAGCUUUCUCUUCCAGCAGGCGUCUAAGGUUGGGUUUUCUCAUUCAAACAUUUUACGAACAAUCGUCCACCGUGCUAGCUCAAGGUUUCCCCAUCUUACUUGGUAUAACUAUGGGUCUAGUCAUUUACUCCGAAGUUCAGCAACCCAAACCUCCAGGGACGUCCAGAAAGUGUUUGUCAUAUUUGGCGGAGACACGUCAGAGCGGCAGGUCUCCGUCAUGAGUGGAACAAAUGUCUGGAUGAAUUUGCAAAGAUUUGUUGAUCUCAAGGUGACUCCCUGCUUGCUUUCCCCAUCACUUGGCAACUCAUCAGGGGCAUUUCUGGACAAAACAAAAUCUGAUUUGGACAAUAGAGAAGUCUGGUUAUUACCCUACUCUGUUGUGCUAAGGCACACUGCUGAGGAAAUUCUUGCAGAGUGUGUGGAAGCAAUUGAGCCUGAUCGGGCUCUAUUUACAUCUCGGCUACAGAAGCAAGUGAUGGAGGAUCUUAUGGAUGGUUUGAAGGAUCAAAGCUGGUUUGCAGGGUUUGAUAUAACAGACGAACUACCCAUGAAAUUCUCGUUGAAAGAGUGGAUCAAGCUUGCCAAGGAAGCUCAAGCAACCGUCUUCAUUGCAGUGCAUGGAGGAAUUGGGGAAGAUGGCACACUGCAGGAAUUACUGGAGGAUGAAGGAGUUGCUUACACAGGUCCAGGCAUAGUCUCUUCCAGGACUUGCGUGGACAAGGUUAUGACAUCGCAGGCUCUUAGUCAUCUUUCAGAGUUUGGAGUUCAUACCAUUAGCAAAGUUGUGAAGAGAACAGAUGAUAUAAUGUAUGAGACCAUUCCAAAGAUUUGGGAUGAAUUGAUAACCAAGUUUCAGUGUCUGACACUGUGUGUUAAACCAGCAAGGGAUGGAUGUUCCACUGGUGUUGCAAGAUUAUGCUCCUGUGAAGACCUUGCUGUAUAUGUACAAGCUUUAAAGGAUUGUCUACCAAGGAUUCCUCCAAACUCUUUUUCUAAGACACAUGGAAUGAUUGAGAUGCCAAAUCCUACACCUGAGCAAUUGAUUUUUGAACCAUUUGUUGAGACCGAUGAAAUCAUAGUUUCAUCCAAAGCCAAACAGCAGCUCUCUUGGAAAGGUAGGAGGCGGUGGGUAGAGAUAACCGUGGGAGUAAUCGGAAAGCGUGGGUCAAUGCAUUCACUGAGUCCUAGUCUUACUGUCAAGGAAAGUGGUGAUAUAUUGUCACUCGAGGAGAAAUUCCAAGGUGGCACUGGCAUAAACCUUACUCCACCUCCACCAGCAAUCAUGAGUAAGGAAGCUUUGGAAAGAUGCAAACAGGGCAUUGAGCUGAUUGCGGAAACUCUUGGGUUAGAGGGGUUUUCAAGGAUCGAUGCUUUCGUGCACGUUGAAACAGGAGAGGUGCUGGUUAUAGAGGUGAACACAGUUCCGGGAAUGACUCCUUCCACUGUAUUAAUCCAACAGGCAUUAGCAGAGCAGCCGCCAUUGUAUCCUCCUCAAUUCUUUCGCACACUGCUCCAUCUUGCGACACACCGAGUGGAGUAA